CUGCGAGGGCGGAAACGCUUUGUCUGUCAGGCUAGCCGACAGCCGGCUGCUGGUCUCCCUGACGCGGCCUCCUCCGCGCCUCACGCCAUGGCGUCGGAGGGGCCGCGGGAGCCCGAAAGCGAGUCUUAAUGUUUGUGGACUACUACCUUUUCUAACAAAAAAAGCAUCGGGGAGAAGUCGUUAGCAAGCAGGGCAUCAAGUUAUCAGCAGAUGUCAAACCAUUUGUCCCCAGAUUUGCCGGGCUCAAUGUGGCAUGGUUAGAGUCCUCAGAAGCAUGUGUCUUCCCCAGCUCUGCAGCCACAUACUAUCCGUUUGUUCAGGAACCACCAGUGACCGAGCAGAAAAUAUAUACUGAAGACAUGGCCUUUGGAGCUUCAGCUUUUCCACCUCAGUAUUUAUCUUCUGAGAUAACUCUUCAUCCAUAUGCCUAUUCUCCUUAUACCCUUGACUCCACACAGAAUGUUUACUCAGUGCCUGGCUCCCAGUAUCAUUAUAACCAACCCAGUUGUUACCGAAGUUUUCAAACAGUGAAGCAUCGAAAUGAGAACGUGUGCCCUCUCCCACAAGAAAUGAAAGCUCUGUUUAAGAAAAAAACCUAUGAUGAGAAAAAAACGUAUGAUCAGCAAAAGUUUCACAGUGAAAGAACUGAUGCAACUAUAUCAUCUGAGAUAAAAUCAGCUAGAGGUUCACAUCAUUUGUCCAUUUAUGCUGAGAAUAGUUUGAAAUCAGUUACGGAUGGUUACCAUAAGCGAACAGACAGGAAAUCCAGAAUCAUUGCAAAAAAUGUAUCUACCUCCAAACCUGAGUUUGAAUUUACCACACUGGACUUUCCUGAACUGCAAGGUGCAGAGAACAGUAUGUCAGAGAUACAGAAGCAACCCAAGUGGGGACCUGUCCACUCUGCCUCUACCAACAUGUCUCUUCUAGGAGAAGUAGUAAAACCAGUUGCAGUGUUACCAAAGGGUGAAAUAGUGGUGAAAAAUAAUAACCCAAAUGAAUCUGUAACUGCUAAUGCUGCUAGCAAUUCUCCUUCAUGUACAAGAGAGUUAUCUUGGACACCAAUGGGUUAUGUUGUUCGACAGACAUUAUCUACAGAACUAUCACCAGCCCCUAAAAAUGUUACUUCUGUGAUAAACUUAAAGACCAUUGCUUCAUCAGCAGAUCCUAAAAAUGUUAGUAUACCAUCUUCUGAAGCUUUAUCUUCGGAUCGUUCCUACAACAAAGAAAAACACAUUGUUCAUCCUACCCAAAAGUCUAAAGCAUCACAAGGUAGCGACCUUGAACAAAAUGAAGCCUCAAGAAAGAGUAAGAAAAAGAAAGAAAAAUUUACAUCAAAAUAUGAAGUCCUGACAGUUCAAGAGCCUCCAAGGAUUGAAGAUGCCGAGGAAUUUCCCAACCUGGCAGUUGCAUCAGAAAGAAGAGACAGAAUAGAGACACCAAAAUUUCAAUCUAAACAGCAGCCACAGGAUAACUUUAGAAACAAUGUAAAGAAGAGCCAGCUUCCAGUGCAGCUGGAUUUGGGGGGCGUGCUGACAGCCCUGGAGAAGAAGCAGCACUCUCAGCAUGCAAAGCAGUCCUCCAAACCAGUGGUAGUCUCAGUUGGAGCAGUGCCAGUCCUUUCCAAAGAAUGUGCGUCAGGGGAGAGAGGCCGUCGCGUGAGUCAAAUGAAGACCCCACACAAUCCCUUGGACUCCAGCGCCCCGCUGAUGAAGAAAGGGAAGCAGAGGGAGAUCCCCAAGGCCAAGAAGCCAACCUCACUGAAGAAGAUUAUUUUGAAAGAACGGCAAGAGAGAAAGCAGCAGCGUCUCCAAGAAAAUGCUGUGAGUCCAGCUUUUACCAGUGAUGACACACAAGAUGGAGAGAGUGGUGGUGAUGACCAGGUUCCUGAGCAGGCAGAGCCCUCAGGGCCAGAGGGGAUGGACGAACCGAUCUCCACUCCUGCGAUUGAGGGCAAGUCUGAAGAGCCACCAGGCACAGAACUCCAGAGGGACACAGAGGCCUCCCACCUUGCUCCCAAUCACACCACCUUCCCUAAGAUCCACAGCCGCAGAUUCAGGGAUUACUGCAGCCAGAUGCUUAGUAAAGAAGUGGAUGCUUGUGUUACCGACCUACUCAAAGAACUGGUCCGUUUCCAAGACCGUAUGUACCAGAAAGAUCCAGUCAAGGCCAAGACUAAACGUCGACUUGUGUUGGGGUUGAGGGAAGUUCUCAAACACCUGAAGCUCAAAAAACUGAAAUGUGUCAUUAUUUCUCCCAACUGUGAGAAGAUACAGUCAAAAGGUGGGCUGGAUGACACUUUGCACACAAUUAUUGAUUAUGCCUGUGAGCAGAACAUUCCCUUUGUGUUUGCUCUCAACCGCAAAGCUCUGGGGCGCAGUUUGAAUAAGGCAGUUCCUGUCAGCGUGGUAGGGAUCUUCAGCUACGAUGGGGCCCAGGAUCAGUUCCACAAGAUGGUUGAGCUGACAAUGGCGGCCCGACAGGCGUACAAGACCAUGCUGGAGAAUGUGCAGCAGGAGCUGGCGGGAGAACCCAGGCCUCAGGCACCUCCCAGCCCACCCACACAGGGCCCCAGCUGCCCUGCAGAAGAUGGCCCCCCAGCCCUGACAGAAAAAGAAGAGCCACACUACAUUGAAAUCUGGAAAAAACAUCUGGAAGCAUACAGUCCAUGUGCCCUGGAGCUAGAGGAAUCCUUGGAGGCUUCAACCUCUCAAAUGAUGAAUUUGAAUUUAUGAGCGUUCUUGCCUGUGUAUCUGUAUUUUGGGUAAGGAGGGGAGGUCUGAAAAAGACUUUGGGGCUUUUUCUUCUUCUCAGUUUUUCAUGACAAUGUAAUUUGUGUAACUGUUGAAUCUGGAAAUUGAUCAGCAUUAAAGGGCACAUGAAGCAGUAUCUGUAGGCGUUCAGUGCUGCGGAGCCUGUUAAAGGUUGCUCAGAUGCGAUGUGCAGGUGUUAAUCUUCUCUAAAAGCCUGGUGACACAGCUCUGGCUUUCCGAGCACACUGUGGAUCUGGAAAGUACUGGAAAAUGUGAUACUUAGAAUACUUCGGCUGCUAAGGAAACUUCCUCUCCAUUGCAGAAUAACUGAGCCAAGUGAGUGAGUUUGCAGAAAGCAGGUGGUGAGCUCCUGCUUGCUGGAGGUGGCCAUGGAGGGCCAUUCCCACCUGGCAACAGCACCGUCCUGCAGGGAGCCACUUGGCAGAAGGAUGCAGGGCUGCUGGUGUCAGAGCAAGAGGGCUACCGGGGAAGGGCCCUUUCUCAGGGGAUGUAGCUUUUUUAAAAGAUUUGGUAACACUUGGAGGAUUUGCUAAAAUGAGCCUCAGAAGGGAAAUUGGUUUUCUAACCUGUGACUUUUUGAAAUGAAUUAUUCCUUUCAGUCUUUAUUUUUCAAAGAAACAAUGUGUAUUGAAGUACCUAGAUUUGUUUGAUAAUCAACAAAUCUUUCCUUUUUAAAUGAACAUAUUCUGAAUGUGGUUUCUGUCUUAGGCCAGGAGGACAGAGUUUACUUUCAUAUUUUCCCUGUAAGUAAGAGGGCUUAUUUAUUUUAAAUAAAGAGUAAUUAUUAAAUUUU